AUGUCCAGAUUAAAGAAGACAGUGUUAUCAGCGUUGAAGAUCAUGGCAGCACUGUACGUGGAACUCUUUUUCCAGCGGAAACUUGAUCCACUGGGAAGCCACAGUCCUCAGGGACCAAAAUUAGGCCAGUCAUCCCUGUCAGCACCUUCCAUGUCGCGAGAACUGAACGCUGGCGUUCACAACUGCGCAUUCACCACGAUAUCGCUGGCAUACAUCAUCGAUGUGUGUCCUGUACCUCCGACUGAGCCUUCCUCCUCGAACCCGUCCAAGAUCCACGACCGUGACUUGAUUGCAUUCGACUCCAAUCACUUCCUCCUAGCCGUCGCGACGUCUGCCAGCUCCGCCGACCCCUUCUCCUCCACUUCCGUCGCCCUCGCAAACCUUUUCCAUCCAGGCAAAACGUAUCGUCCCCGUCGCGCCGAGAUCGAGUGA